AUGAGCCAAAUUAAGGCAGUCUUCUUUGAUUUCAUGGGAACAUGCCUAGACUGGCAUAGCAGUGUGGUGCAAGCGUUCCCUCCGGAAAUAAACAAAAAAGCGGCAUCGGAUCUAGCCCUCGAGUGGCGAAAGCAGUAUUUUAUUGCAAAUAACCAGCGUUACCUUCAGGGUCUCGCCCCUGAAGAUAUCGACAUAACGCUCGCUCGUGUUCUCGACCAAGUUCUCGAUCAAUUUCCCGAUGCCAAGCCUUACCUCAACACAAACGCUAAGACACGACUUAUCGAAGCGUGGCACUCGCAACCAGCUUGGCCGGAGGUGCAACGGGCAAUACAGAGUAUACGAAAGGACCUCGGAUUGGAAGUAUUUGUUCAUGCCAAUGGAACAACUCGUCUUCAACUGGACCUCACACGGUCCUCUGGGUUGACCUUCAACAUGUUAUUUUCCAGUCAGCUCCUAGGCGUGUAUAAGCCCAGUCCCGAGGCAUAUCAAAAGGCACUGCAACUGGUUAAGCUUCAGCCUGAAGAGGUGGUAUUGGUUGCAGCGCAUGCCUAUGACCUACGAGGUGCUCAGAAUGUUGGGCUCAAGACCAUAUACGUCCAUCGAUGGACAGACGACAUCGACGAGGACAUGGAGAAAGUGAAGACCGAGUUUGAUUUUUACUUGGAGAAUAUGGAGACUCUGCCAGAUGUUAUUGCGCAGCUCUAA